AUGUCGUCAACAACAUUCAAUAAAGAAAGACACAUCAAAUACUUCCUCCGUUGUCUCAAAACCCUCUUACCUUAUCAAUACACCACCGGUGACGGAGGCCGCGUUCUUCUUGGCUUCUUCACAAUCGCAGGCCUCGACUUGCUCGGCGUCCUGCACGAACAAACCACCCCCGAAGAACGUCAGGGAUACAUAAACUGGAUCUAUCACUGCCAACACCCGCGGGGGGGGUUUCGAGGAUUCACAGGUACAAAAUUCGGAGAUGCACAACACGAUCGCGAUAAUGCGGGGUGGGAUCCUGCGAAUAUUCCAUCUACUUUUCUAGCGCUUGAGACUUUACUCAUUUUGGGGGAUGAUUUGUCGAGAGUGAAGAGAAAGGAGUGCUUGAAGUGGUUGCCCAAGUUGCAGAGGCAGGAUGGUAGUUUUGGGGAUAUGCUUGGUGCUGAUGAGAGGAUUGUGGGCGGGAAUGAUUUGAGAUUUUGUUAUUGUGCGGCUGGGAUUAGGUAUUUUUUGCGUGGUCCGUACGGCGCGGGGGUGGAGGAUGUGAGGGAUAUUGACGUUGCAAAGCUGGUUUCCUUCGUGCAGUCGUGUCAGUCAUAUGAUGGUGGUAUGGGAGAGACACCAUUUCGAGAGGCUCACGCUGGCUUGACAUACUGUGCAGUGGGAGCCCUCGCUCUAUUACAGAGGACAGGCUCUUUAGGCGCCCAACUAGCAGUUCUCUCUCCAAAGACUGAAAAUUAUCAGUCCUUACUUAGAUGGCUAGUUUCGAGACAGACCUCCGAUCUGGGGGCCGAAGACGAAGAAGACGACGAAGCAGACACUAAAGGCGAUUCGGCAUCGACAGUGGAAACACAGGACGAAAGCACCACGAAUUUGAGUGAACAGAUUGACAAAUUACCAGAAUGUUUGCCGAUCCAUGAAGAGUCGUUGAAAUGGGCAGGAUUUAACGGGCGUCUGAACAAAAUUGCAGACACAUGUUACUGCUUCUGGGUGACUGGGACAUUGGGUACAAUGAAUCAGUUAUCACUCAUUGAUGCCCCCGGUGUACGACACUACCUCCUCGACAAGACACAGCAUAUCGUCGGCGGUUUUGGCAAAUCAGUAGGAGAAGUACCAGAUAUUUAUCAUUCGUAUCUGGGCAUGAUCAGCCUAGCGUUAAUAAACGAGCCCGGUCUUGAGCCGGCGGAUCCGACGCUGUGCACAGGAGUCAGUGUGAUGCAGAAUCUCAAGAGUUUGCUUUGGUGGAAGGAAGGUUGAUCUAUCGAAAGCAAAUCAGGAAUUGUACGCAGAGAAAACAUUGAAGUUGAAGAAAAUAAUGCCAAUAUUCAAUGCAAAAGCAAAGGAAUAGCCAAUCACAGCCCCGUAAAUGCAUUAUGUCAUGGGUUCUAAUCCACCCAGCCAAUCACAGAAUUGUGCCAGCAUUCUCUCAUUUCUUCUUGUUUUCUUCUUUCUUCUUCUUCUUCUUCUUCUUCUUCUCUCAGUACUAUAUUGCGAUAUCUUCAUUCUCUAUACAUCUGCUAGGCCAUUAAUCAAGCAACUCGAAUUGCGGCUGAUUACC